AUGAAACAGUCGGUUCAGACUAAACAAUCAGUACAGACAUUUGGUCGCAAAAAAAGCGCUACUGCUGUAGCCCAUUGCACUGCAGGAAAAGGACUUAUUAAGGUCAAUGGAAAGCCCCUUGAGCUCGUUGAACCAGAAAUCCUCCGCUUGAAGGUUUUUGAGCCCAUUCUUUUGCUCGGAAGGUCCAGAUUUUCCAACAUUGACAUCCGUAUCCGCGUAUCUGGUGGUGGUCACACCUCCCAAAUUUAUGCUAUUCGUCAAGCCCUUGCCAAAGGAGUAGUUGCAUACUAUCAAAAGUUUAUUGAUGAAGCAUCUAAGAAGGAAAUUCGCGACCAGCUUGUCGCUUUUGACCGUUCGUUGUUAGUUGCUGAUCCUCGCCGCUGCGAGCCAAAGAAAUUUGGUGGUCCAGGUGCCCGUGCCAGAUACCAAAAAUCUUAUCGUUAA